GCACAGUCUUUUUCUCACGCAAGUUUCAUAGAUGUAAACUUAAAGUGUCUCAGCUCUGUAGUAUGUGGUGUUUUUGUGUGUGUGUGUGUUUUUUUUCUUGGCGCCCUCCCCACUCCGUUUUCUCACCCCCUACUCCCUCGCUCCUCGCCCCCUCGGAUGGUGGAAAUUGUGCGGCAGCGAGCAAAGAGAGAGAUGCGCGCACCUCUAGGCGAGCCUCCGCAGUUAGAUUAGUCCACGCGUGGGUCAAGACGGCGAGAGAGGAUCACCUCCUCAAAAAUACACCUCCAAGGAAAAAAUAGUAAGGAGGAAUCGAGAGGAGCGUCGCGAGGAGUGACUCCCACGGAGAAGUGCGCACGCGUGGGUGCGAGACGCACUCUCUGCGCUGAAGAAUGCGUGCCAGGAUGUCGGGAGCGUUCGAAACAAUUUCAUUUGAUGGACUUUAUUUUUGAGACGGAUUUUCCAACCCCCCACGGAUUGCACAAGAAGGAGCAUUUAAAAGGCAAAGCUGUCCUAUUGGAAAGUGACCUUGAUGGGGGGGAUUAUGCGAUCCUGACACUUUGAUGAGAAUGACGCUGUUGCUUUUAUUCUUCGCUCACUUUUUCUUCCAACCUUGUGGAAACAUCGGCAUCCUUUUGCCAACCUGCGAUGAAACAAAUCUAACCGACAGCAGUGGUGGGGUUUCGAUCCAGGUGGCCGAUAUAUUAAAGUGGAAACGCCUGGAGUACCAUUAAACAAAUCAGAUAAACGCACUGCGAAAUCCGUCGAUAGCCUUUAUUGACGAGGGACUAUAAAAAGCUAAUGACCGGACCUGACAGCCAGCAUUCAACUCCGCCCGACAGCAAGCAAGCGCGCUCGGGAAACUUUCCCAGAAGGUCGACGGUAACGCCAGGCUUCUCUGCGCUCCGUGUUAUGAGCGGCCCGCUAAUUGAACCGGAUAAUAUGCGCCGAACGUGCGGCGAGUGCUGACGCCCUGAUAGUUGGCAAGAUCCUGACCACCGAAAACCAGCAUGGCGGUUCUGACCAGGUACCUACGGGUGACCCAGGUGACUGGGGAAGCGGCAAAGGGACGGCCGACCUUUCAGUCCUGAGAUCCGUCUGCGGAGCGGCGCAGCUGCAGCGGGCCGGGGGAUGUGAUGGGGUGACGGCUCAUGCCCCCCCUUACCCCGAUCCCUAAAACCCCACCCGCCCUGCAUACGGUCCGGUCUGGCUUCAACAAUGGAUCAAAACUUCUCGACGGUUCGAGACGGCAGACAGCCUCUGCCUGAGCGUGACUCGUCCAAACGGGUUCUGACGGGAUGCUUCCUCUCCCUCCUCAUCUUCACCACGCUGCUGGGCAACACGCUGGUGUGCGUGGCCGUCACCAAGUUCCGCCACCUGCGCUCCAAGGUCACCAACUUCUUUGUCAUCUCCCUCGCCAUCUCCGACCUGCUGGUGGCCAUCCUGGUGAUGCCUUGGAAGGCCGCGACGGAGAUCGUGGGUUUCUGGCCUUUUGGCCCCUUCUGCAACGUAUGGGUGGCGUUUGACAUCAUGUGCUCGACCGCCUCCAUCUUGAAUCUUUGCGUGAUCAGCGUGGACCGCUACUGGGCCAUCUCCAGUCCCUUCCGCUACGAACGCAAAAUGACCCCCAGAGUGGCGUGUCUGAUGAUCAGCGUGGCGUGGACGCUCUCCGUUCUCAUCUCUUUCAUCCCCGUGCAGCUGAACUGGCACAAAGCUCAGACGAGCAGCUACGCGGAGCUCAACGGAAGCUACCCGGGCGAACUGCCGCCCGACAACUGCGAUUCCAGCCUUAACCGCUCUUACGCCAUCUCCUCGUCCCUCAUCAGUUUCUACAUCCCCGUGGCCAUCAUGAUCGUCACGUACACUCGCAUCUACCGCAUCGCCCAAAAACAGAUCCGGAGGAUAUCUGCCCUGGAGAGGGCAGCGGAGAGCGCCAAAAACCGUCACAGCAGCAUGGGCAACACGUCCAACAUAGAGAGCGAGAGUUCGUUCAAAAUGUCGUUCAAGCGAGAAACCAAAGUGUUAAAGACGCUCUCGGUGAUCAUGGGGGUGUUUGUGUGCUGCUGGUUGCCCUUCUUCAUCCUCAACUGCAUGGUCCCCUUCUGCGAAGCCAACCUGCCGGACGACGCCAACGACUUCCACUGCAUCAGCCCGACCACCUUCGACGUGUUUGUGUGGUUCGGCUGGGCCAACUCCUCGCUCAACCCCAUCAUCUACGCCUUCAACGCCGACUUCCGCAAGGCCUUCUCCAUUCUGCUGGGCUGCCACCGCCUCUGCCCUGGGAGCAACACCGUCGAGAUCCUCAGCGUCAACAACAACGCCGGAGCGACCCUUCCCAACCCCGCUUGCCAGUACCAUCCCAAAAGCCACAUCCCAAAGGAAGGCAACCACUCGGCGGGCUGCGCGAUGCCCCACAGCAUCCUGUGUCAGGAGGAGGACUUCCACAAGCUGGACGAGAUGGAGGUAGGUGUUGACAACAACGCCUUGGACAAACUCUGCCCGGCCAUCUCGGGGAAUCUAGACAGCGACACGGAGAUCACUCUGGAAAAGAUCAACCCCAUAACGCAGAACGGACAGCACAACGCCAUGUCCCGCUGAACGCUCGCAACGGACAUCUUGCCUGACGGCGACAUAGUGAGUGUUCUUCCAUCCAUCACCCGCAGGACCUUCGGCCCAACUGUCCACAAGAGAGAAAACGCAAUCCGAAUGUUUCCGAGUUACAGGCACUUUAUUCUGGCUCAACACACUGCAAAAUUCUGACGUGCGAUCGCAUACUUUUGGAUGCAUCCUGUACAGUACGGAUUGACUUUUGACACUAUUGUAGUAUAGCGCAGAAGAUGUAGAAAACGUUAGCAAAAUGUCUUGUCUAAUGCAGUUGAUAUCGGUUUUUAAUUGCAGUAUAAACAUGGCAGUUUUCUUUGGAGAGCCAAAAGACGUGCGUUUUUGACUCGCUUGCCAAGGAACCAAAGUCGGAAUUCAAAAUGGAGGAGGCAGGAGAACAACCGGUUAUUUUUUCACUUCAAGUGUGUCGAAACUGUAGGGAUGGCAAUUUGUCGGAGGGCAAUUAUGACUGUCAACGUCUUCUAUGGACAAUUUGUAACUAUUGUCGAUGCAAAAUUGAUCUUCCCGGACCUCAUAAAAGGAUGUGGUGGGUCGUAUCUGGCCCCCGGGCCUUGAGUUUGAUACUUCUGGUAUCUCAAAAGCCGUACACAGUGAAUCCCCGCAUGUUUUGGCAGUCAUCUUGCGGAGUUUUUAGGCCAUCAUGAAUUUGCGGGUGGAGUUUCAACCGAUUAAAUCCAUAUCCACUGCAAACACAAGUUGUCUAAAACGGGGUACACACAUCGAUUUUUCACUUCUGUGGCGCCCAAACUGUUGUUGCAGAAGAAGCUAGGCUAACUGUUAGCUUAUCUGUGUCGACUUGAUAGUUUUAUUGUGGUGAGUGAGUGACUUGGGAGGCAGGCACGGUUGCUCCUAUAAUCAGGUUGUAUCUUGAUUAGCUUUCGCUUUUGUUUUCUUUUGGCUCAGCCCAACUCGGUGUUGUCCAUCAGAGAGUAUCGGCAUGUGUGUACCCCACUUUGGGUUGGGAUUUCUAAGUAUCUCUGAGUGGGUUCCUCCCUCUUGCUUUUCACCAGGUAUAGAUUUGCUAACUUGAGGGCUCCCUCUUCUAGCGAUUAAAGUUGUUCUGUUUUUCCCCCCAAAUGUAAAUCUGCAGAUUGAAACAAAGCAUCAACGCAAACCUCCACUCAGAUGGAGGAGGAGGAGUGCACUCAAACUUAAUGAAAGUGAAGUCGACUGACCUUUUUGCCAAACGUGUAAAUAUCUGAUUUGUUCAAUUGCCUAGCCAAAUGCUCUAGCGGCCAUUCUGUAAGCAUGCUGCGCUGACAUCACAGUUGGUGACCGACCGACCCGUCAGUGCGGGUAAUUGUCAUUACACCUCAUGCAAUGUUUAUAAUUGACAUCAGCUUCUUAAUUCAAUUGAAGUGGCAUCAAGUAAGACUUUCUUCUGUGAGCAUUCCAUUUAUGCUCUGAUCCGAUUGGUUGAAAUGUCUUAGUGGUUUGCGUUGAGAGCGCCACCUGUUGCUCUUCAAGCGCUGCACAGCCUUUAAUUUUUUUUUUUAAACGCACUUUUGACUAGUUUGGACGUCGACACAAACGGAAUUGAAAUUGACGAUAAGUCGUUUGAGAUUCACUAGCGCCCCUGGAGGUACUCAAAGAUGGCUCUGGCUUCUUACCAAAAUCCCACGUUUCACAAGUAAAGGUGAAAACAGGGAAGUUCAAACAAAAAUGUGAAAGCUGAGCAUUAAAACCAAACCAAAGUUCGCUUUGAUGAAAUGACAAAUAUGUUGUUUGGCUGGCGGAGGGGAAUAAAAAAGCGCUCGUUGAAAAACUCUUGCAGGGGAAGAGAAAGACAAUCCGAUAGAAAGCGAUUGUUCUUAAACGAAGCGUUUGAUUUUCCCAUGCUGGAAAAUCCAAUGCUGUCCAUAUGGGCAACGUGGGGAACUUGUAGCUCAAUAUGUGGCACACAAGCAGCUCAUUGUCCUCUCUGCCUUGUCCUCUUCUCACGCUGUUCUGUUGGCUGAACACGAGUUAGCAGGCAUCUGCUGUCAGCUCAUUUCAAUUUCAAACAGCCCUAAUUAUCUUUCAAGUGCCACUACAUCAUGUUUCUUUUGACGCUUUUUGGGAGGGAUCUGAUGCUUCCCCACAACUGACCAGGAACUACAGAUGUGUGCAAUUAGCGCGUCAGGACGGACGGAUGCACGAGAAAACGCCUCGGAGAAGGUUGCCCUCCUCCUUCUCCUCCUCUUCUUCCGACUCGUGCUCGCUGGCUGGCUGGCUUUUUCUCUUGGCUUCCUCUGUCGCCCUGAUGAGCAUUCCAGAUGUUAACACGACUGAAUUUAAUAUUAAACAGACAGGGCCUACUGUUCCCUUUCUCUACUCGGAGUCACGGCACCGAAUCAAAGCUCGUAGAUGAUUUCAUGUCGAACUGUUGAUGCUCUAAAUCACCGCGGACGAACGAACGGGAAGACGUCCGGAGCAUUUGAAGGCCGCCUGUAAGAAAUCAAAACGGAACCUAUCGAUGAAGUCAACCUUGUAUUGUUUAAAGUAAAUAAGUUGCUUCAUUUGAGGAAUUUUAAAAUGUCCCUGACGCUGACUUGCGAGGAAUGCAACAAUAGUCUUUUUGUAUGUUUUCAGUUUUUUUCAUUCCGUUCCGAUUUCAUUGUCACUGUCAAAUAAGAACUGUGGGUUUCAGGUGACAUUUGGUUCCAUCAUCUCAUUUCGGAGGUCGGAAAUGUUGGACUUUUUGCGCUUGUGAUUAAGUGCAUCAACGAUCCAUUCCGAACUUUCCAUUGUUGUACGAUGUCACACCGCUGUAACUCAAGCCACGUUCUUUUCCAUUGAUUCGAUUCUAUAGGUCCGAAAUUGCUGACACCAUUUUCUGGAAUGUAGUAAUGAUCUCGUGCCAUGUUUGUGGCCCCUUUUUGUCCGACUGCAACUUCAUUGCGCUUCUGAUCAAAUAUUCCGUUCCGUUUUUUUUUUUUACGUCAUCCAACAUUCUGAUGUUUGGUAACUGCAGAUGAAUUCAAACGCUUGUUUGUAUGCAUUUUUCUAAAUGCACCUGGAGCUGCGUGUUUGUCUCCAGUGUAUUUUGGCUUCACGUUAAAGCCCCCUCGAGGCCUCACCUUGCUAACACGGUGAGUCAUCGGCGCUCACGUCACCUCCUUCCAUUCGGAAGAUGGCCGACGUCAGGCCGCCGCCGCCGCCGCCUCGAGUAACACGUUCUUUUUCAUCAGCCCGCAUGUCCUCCAGUUAGUGACAGAACAAUGUCUCCCAAUGAGAGUUGACGUUUGACGACUUAAACAAAACGACAACGUCCGACUGACAACUCUCCUCCUCGGCGUCAUACGCAUUCCUGCAAUGCAGGGGCCAAAGGUAAACCACUAGAAUUUUGUUGUGUCAGCUCAUGUAAAAAAAACAAAUCUCAAUGGCAGUAUUUACAUGUGAGGAGAGGGAUUCUGUAUUGUACCAUGAUGUUUUCAAAAAAUGUCCUUUUUGGAUGACCAACACAAGUGCUUUUUAUCUUAAAAGAAACCUUAGCUUGUGUAACAAAUGCCGUUUUGUCUUCUCCGUUGUUUGUCCGCCAGAUGCAGACGGCCCAUGUCUAUUUAUAUAUUUAUUGACUUGUUUCUGGUGUUCUUUUAUGUCAAAGAUUAUACUCCUCAAACUUAUGACUGUAUUUAGUUUACGCUUUGUACAAAGAUAUACAUAGAUGAUGUGCCCUUCUUGGAAAGAAAAAUAAACAUGGAUGGCUCUUUUA